GAAUGCACGCUGGAAAAGAUGAAAUCAUCCGAUACAUGGCUUUUCGAUUUGAAUAGCUUUGCGUACUUCGACACUGGCAUUCGGGAUGGUCCGCUGAUGAACUGCCAAAAAGUGGUGGCCAGAGAUCCCCACACCAGCAAAAUAGUAACAGCACGAUUCUGUCAAUUGGACACCGCCGAUUCGGAUGCCUGUCAAAUACUGGGCAAGAGGUUGGGUUGGCCACCGGAGUUGGCGCGCAAUGCCAAUGCCAAUAAUAAUGAUAACAAAAACAACAACAAUGCAAAGCGUAAGCUGAAAUAUGGCAAUAACGGUAAUAAUGGCGGCGGCGGCGGCGGCACAGAUGANUACAUACAGAUUCUCUCCGUCCUACUGUCCACCACUACAU